GAACUGCAAGCCGGACCGGAACUCUCUGCUGCCUGCGUGAUUCCAGACACAUUUAGGGAUUUUUUUCCUUUGACAGUCGAGUGUUGUGGCGGGGGAACCCAGGAAACACCACGGAGAACUGCUCUGAAAGGACCAGGAUAAGCUCCCCAUGUUUCUUCUCGGGAGACGUCUUUCUGGGGACCGAAUGCUGAUGUGAACUCGGCUCCUCCGGGAGAAAUCCAGGACCUGUCUUGAUUACACAGCCUAUCGCCGGGAGGUCAGACGCUCCCCUGACCCGGAUCCCCCCCCCGGCGGACAUGGAGGUUCUGCGGCGGUCUUCUGUGUUCGCCGCGGAGGUCCUGGACGUGUUUGACCGGUCCCUGACAGAGAAGGAGCUGGUGUCCCAGUCCAAGGCGCUGUGCAGGGACUACAUCCUGUCCAGGCUCAACCAGAACGGGCUGGGGUGGUCCAAAAGCGAGAUCAAUUUCUCCCCCUGCAACGCAGCUCUCGCUGAGGUGUCUCUGGUGCUUCUCUGUCUCGGCGACGAGCUGGAGUGUAUACAGCCCGGUCUGUACAGGAACGUGGCACGGCAGCUCAACAUUUCUGUUGCCAUGGAGAACAUGGUGUCGGAUGCCUUCCUCGGCGUGGCAACAGAGAUCUUCUCAGCAGGUAUAACAUGGGGUAAGGUGGUAUCCAUGUUUGCGGUCGCUGGAGCCCUGGCCGUGGACUGUGUCCGGCAAGGCUACCCCACAACCGUUCAUAUCUUGGUGGAUAGUCUGGGACAGUUUGUCCGCAAAUUCCUGGCUCCCUGGCUGAAGAGGAGGGGAGGAUGGGUGGAGAUCACAAAAUGUGUGGUGAAGAAGGAUCUCACCCCCGAACACAACUGGCUGUCCUCUGUCGUGGAGUCCGUCAAGUAUUUCCUCACCACGGUGUACGUCUACGUCAUGAAGGAGCCGUGAGGGCUGACACGCAGCGGAGCAGUCGCUUUCCGCACUGGACUGGCAUCUCAGACUUGUUAAUAAACGCCGGACAGGAGACGGCCGCUGUGCUCCGUGAGGUCGAGCCCGUCGGCAGACUUGCGUUGGUUGCUGAACGGCCAUCAACAAAUGUCUCUUCAGCAGCGUGUUUCUGUUGUCUCGGUGAUUACCCUUCAUCCAAAGAGUGGUCACCAUGAUAUUAAACGGCAUAAAUGGCACCUUCUGUAUUAUUCCACCUCUCCUCCGCUUCUUCUUACUGCUUGUGACAGCUGCAGGGAACCAUGCUUCUGCAGUGUAAUAAUUUGAGGCUGUCCAUACUGCUGAGAUCAUUCUAUGGUGUGCUAUUUUUGUUUUUCUUCUUUCUGUCUUAAGAACAUAAGAGGAGGUAUGAGGGUGAAAUCUGGGUUUGCAAUGAAACUGAUGCCCCGCUGGCUGGGAGGAUAUUUUUGAAGUUUUAUUGGUCUUUUUUUUUUUUUUUUUAAAGGCCCUAGAAGAAGAAGUGUUUCAGUCAACUGAGUUCACACUUCAGAGCAAUAUUGGAUGAUAUUGACUGUUUACAAGUAAUGACUGCAAGUUAUUGUACUUUACCACACCACAGUGUUCACUCUCAAGAUGAGCUGAUAUUUUCUGGUAAAUACUCUGCCAAUUUUUUUAUUUUAUCUUAUCUUUUGGACACAACUGAGAAACAUUGUGUCUUCUAGUGUCCAUUUAUCAGCCAAAGAACUUGGAGGACGACUACAAACCGAAUGUGAAUAUUUUAGUCCUACUGAUUUCUGUUUUUAAUCUGUAACUUAUUUAUGAUUUUAAUCGUAUUUCUUUUUAUAACUUCUGUAAAAACCACUGCACUAAUUAGACUUCCACAGCAACAGCUCUUCAGGAUGAUCGUGUGAUUUAUGGGUGUCACUUCCACAGUGUUGAUGCAUAAAUGAGGCUGGCUGAUUGUGUUUUUGUGUGUGUGUGUGUGUUUUGGUAUUUAAACCCACAAUAAAACUUAACAAAAU